AUGAAGACUAUCGUAGUUCUUGGAGCUACUGGCGAAAUACGUGCUGUAACUCGAAAUCUUACAUCCCCCAAAGUACUAGCUCUAUUCCAGCAGGGCAUCGAAGUUGUUCCAGGUGACUUCAACGAUAAAGCUUCUCUCAUCAGUGCUUUCCAAGAUGCGAGUGCCAUAUAUGCUGUCACUGACUUCUGGGCCCCCUUCCUCGGCGGUCUCAGUGCUUCGGAAGCCCAAGCUCUCGAAACUAGACACGGCAAGAACAUCGUGGACGCAGCGCUGGAGAUUCCGAAUUUGGAGCACUUCAUCUGGUCGACAUUGCAAUCGGCGAAGCACAAAGGUGGUGACAUUGCGGUCAAUUUCGUUGAUGGGAAGGAUGAUGUAGACGAGUACAUCAAGAACUCGCCCCUGUUGCCGAGGACAACCUUUUUGUGGAUUGGGUUUUAUGCGCAGAAUUUCCACUGGGCACCGAUGAUGGUUACCAAGCUUAUUCAAGCAGGGAAAACGACCUAUGCUCACCUCUUCCCAACACCUCCUGAUAUCCCAAUCCCGUUCAUCGAGCACAAGAGCGAUCUGGGGCCAAUCGUUUAUGCGAUUCUGGCACAGCCAGAAAAGAUUUUGAACGGGAGAUACGUUUUGGCCACGAACGGCGAGGACCUCACUGUUGGACAGAUGUUCAAACUGUGGGCAGAGUCUGCGGGUGUAAAGGAUGUAAAGUAUAUCCAAAUAACCGAGGAAGCAUACGGGGCGCUACAUGGAAAGACGGGGCUGGAGAUCAGUAGUGAGUUACAGGUAUGGAGCAAGUAUGGUGCAGGCUCAGGCAACGUAAAGGCUUUGUCACCAAGUGAUUUGGGCCUAAGUAGGGGGAAGAGUAUUAGAGAAUAUUUAGAGUCGCAGGAUUGGAGUGGAUACUUGUAG